GAGAGAAAGCUCACUCUCUUCUCUCUCUGUCUUUAGAGUAACUUUUUCAAACUUUUUCAACUCAGUCCUCUUUUUCACGAGUACUCCUUGAAAAAGCAGACAAAAAUAAUAGUACCAAAAAAUAAAAAAAAAGCUACUUCUAUUAUUAGGGUUUUCUCUUACCAUAACCAGGCCAAAAAAAUAAAAAAUUUGUACCUUUUUAAUUUAAUUUAGCUUUUACUCACCCCACCCAACUCAGCUCACCUUAUCAUCUUCUUUACUUUACUCUUGGUCUUUGGGUUUGGUUUAUUUCCAGAGUAAAAAAGGUCAUAAUUUGCAUCCAUCUUUGGCUUUUUUUUGUUCAAAUCUUUUUGUGGAAGCUUAGAUGUGAAGCAAAAUUUUAGCGUUGAACGAACAGUGUGAUCGAAUUUACUCUCUUAAUUUUAAAUCCUCAAAUGGGUAUUUUUUAUUUUUUCUGAUAAAUGGAAAAUGGGUGUGUUUUAGUUCCUCUAAACUUCAAUUCUUGAAAUGGGUAUUUUUCUUCUGUCCAUUUCCUUAGGAAAUAUUUAAUCUUUUUUUUUUUUUUUGAGGUGGAUCCAAGGCUUAAAGGGAUGAUGGAGGAUGUAGGGCUGUUUAAGCAUGGUUGGAAAUGGCUACAAUCUCAGAAACAUGCUUGUUCCAAGGCGAAAACAGCCGUUGGUUGCUGUAGAGAUAAAAUGGGGUUGUUAAUGGAGAGGCAUUGGCCUAUGGUUUGUAGUGGGUGUGUUAAUUUCUGGAAGUUUUCAAGGUUGUUUUUGAUUUAUUGGAAAGAUUGUGUAGUGAGAGGGUUUCAGUCAUGUAGCAGAUUGGGUUCUGCUUCUUUGCUUGUUAUAAUGUGGAGUUAUUUCCUCAGCUUGACUUCCAUGUCUUGCCUGCUUUAUUUGCUUCUAAGUAUGGGAGUUGCUGGAGCUACAGUUCAGUACUUAGGUUACACUCCCGGACUCUUUAUUGUGGGACUGUUUGGCAUUUUGAUAUUAUGGAUGAAUGCCAACUUUUGGAUAACAGGAACAUUGUUUAUAAUUGGAGGUUAUUUGUUCUCCUUAAGUCAUGCACGGUUGAUAGUCUUGAUAGCAAUUACAUACUCUAUUUAUUGUGUCAAAGUUCGAGUUGGUUGGCAUGGUGUAUUUCUAUCAAUAAACCUUGCAUUUCUUUCGAAUGAUGUAUUGAAUUAUUUGCUCCAACGCUUUGAUAAUGUGAGUGAAAACACGCAAUGUGAAGAGCCAAAGGAAUCCAAACCAGUUAUGGAAGAUGAUUUGUCUGGAGAAUGUGAAUACUCUAUUCCUACUGAUGAAUCUGAGACGGUGCACCCAUGCAAGUCAUCCAGCACAUCUGCUACUACAUCUGUAAUUAUCCAAAAAGAGUGUUCUGCUAAAAGGGUGGUCAAGGAAGAAAUGAGUUCGGCUGAUGAAAUGAAAAGAAUAUUGAAUUGCACAGAUCAUUAUGAAGCAUUGGGUUUUCCCCGUCACACAAAAAUUGACACUGCAAUCUUGAAAAAGGAAUAUAGAAAGAAGGCCAUGCUUGUACAUCCUGAUAAAAAUAUGGGAAGUCCUUUAGCAAGUGAAUCAUUUAAGAAACUUCAAUGUGCUUACGAGGUUCUUUCUGAUUCCAUGAAAAAGAGGGACUAUGAUGAGCACCUGAGAAAGGAAGAAUCCAGGACUAGGAGUGUCUGUCAAAAGUCCCAUAGCUCUUCACGGCAGGAUUGCUGUCAAUAUCAUCAAGCCAAGGAUGGAGAUGGGUGGGUUGAGUACAAAGGUUCCUUGGUGUUUGAUAGGCCUCAAAAGGUGGAAAUACCACGUGCUUUUGUUUGUGCUGAGAGCAAGAUCUUUGAUGUUUCAGAAUGGGCUAUUUGUCAGGGAAUGGCAUGUAGACCGAACACCCAUCGACCUAGCUUCCAUGUAAACAUGGUUGGAUUGGAGAAGACACAAAGAUCCAACUCAAGCAGAUUUCCUUGGGAUUUGGAUGCUGAAAUGAUUGAUGAAGAUGAAGAAGAAUUUGAGUUAUGGCUUCAGCAGGCCUUGGCCUCUGGGCUCUUUUGUGAAACCUCUAAACGCAGAAAGAGCUGGAGUCCAUUUAAAUUGCCCCAGAAAAAAAGUAAAAGGCAAUAUCGAAGAUCUUCAACCUGAAUACAUGAUUCGAGGCAUUUGUGAAGAAAUUCUGCUUUCUAACCAAGAGAAAGAUUAUCAUUCUUCAACAGAGAAGAAAGACAGCGAAUGAAAGGGGAAGCAAAAGAAAAAGGAGGAAAGGAGGGGAAAAUUAAAAAAAAAAAAAUGAAAAGAAAAGAUGGGGUUCAAGUUACGUGAGAAUGUCACUGGUGAGAGAGAUGCGUUCAAUCUCAUCAAAUUUUAAGAUGAAAAUAAGGGAAAGAAAGUGGGAAACUGCAUGUAUAACAUUGUCUUUCUGGCAAUAGAUCAAGGCAUUUCCUGGUACAAGUCAGUUUUCUUAAGCUUCUUUUCUUGGCUAUUAUCAUUUCAAAAUCGGGGAUGAAAUCGAUCUCGGUGUAUAAUUUAUCCCAAGUAUGAAACAUUUUUACUACUACUGCCACUGUGUAAUUGGAAUGAAAUUAGUCUCUUCUUCUCCCUUCCCUGUUUCUUUGUUAGCUUUUGUUGCAUUCAUUUUUAUUUCCAGAUCUAGUAAUAGUCUGAUAUAUUGCAGCAGGAUAAUGUCAAACAGUCAAGUAUUGAAUUUAUCAUGAAAUGUGCAAAUGCAAGUUCAGGUUUUGUUAACAGGAGAAUCAUCAAACAUCACACUGAAGUUUGAAGCAUUCCCUGGGGAUAUCUCU